AUGACGGCGGAGGCCAACCGGUGCAACAUGCUCGCGACCAUCGUCAAGGAGCACCAAAAUGCCAGACGCUGUAACGACCAAAGUCGCCGGCCCCUUGACAAGACAAACUCCGGUGCAACCACAGCCCCCCUUGCGUCCCCCUCUUUCACCGCGGACCGCCGUAAGGGGAAGGGCGCAUUGCGGGGAAAGGAGGCUGCAAAGGAAAAAGAAGUGGCGAGCGGAAAAACUAGUGUGAACGAAAAAGAGGGCUCAAAGGACAGGAGAGUUUCAAAGGCAGAAGGCAGAGGGUCCCCACCCGGACGCCCGUCAUCCAUCCCUCUGUCAAUCCACAUGGCGAAGAUGCAAUCGUCGGGGGAAAUAGAAGCAGCCGGCGGCGAUGCCACUUUACCUCGCAGAGCCGAAAGAAAACGUCCCAAAAGGACGCGGAACGCACCGCUUGCUGGCCAUGGUGGCCUCCUGCAGGUUGCUGCAUCCGAGGAGUGUGUCGUCCCACCAGCCUUCUUUAGUCUUAGCGGGCGAGAUGUGCCAGCACUUGCCGAGGGUAUCCCUGUGACUGCUUGCGGGGUCAGGGGGGGGCGCUACGAGAAGAACAAGCCGACGGGGCGGGUGGCACGCCUCGGGCUGCCUUCGAUAUCGGAGCGAUAUGGCGCAAGCGUGAUUGAAAAUUGGGUUCUGUCCCCCGUCUCGCUGAAGCUCGAGCGGCCACGAUGUAAGAGCGUGGCCAUCGCACACCUCGAUCAGCCGGCGUACAGGGCAUACAUGGAGGAGAUCGUUCGAGUGGGAGCUGCUCAGACCCGACGGCGGUGGCGGCAAUCGACGCUGGAUGAUACAGAUGGUGUGGGACAGGGGGUAACAGGCUGCUGGAAAGGGACCACCAACGAUUGUAGCAACAUUUUGACGAAUCAGCAGCAGGGAAAGGCGGCGGUAGGUUGGUCCUCCCACCGUUGUGAUGUCGAGCCCCGGGUUUUCAACAGUAAACGACCACCUAACAUUGGAGGAGGAGGAAAGGGAAUGUUUGGUCGCACGAGCUGUGAAAUGGAGAAAGGCCUACCCCACGGCGAAGACGAUGAGCGCGGAGAACUCGGCAGAACGCGCCUGAGCACACUGACCAAAACCCCCAGCCGCGCCCCCGGGCAUGGCCGUGACAGCAGCACAAUAGCCACCGCCGAUGAGAUUCUCACUUCGGAGGGGCUAGAGCUUCGCUCCAAAGGUGCCCGCAAGGUUUUCAAGCAGACUCAGCGGCUGCUCGAGGCCUUGCGCACGCCAAGUGCAAGCUGCCAGUAUGACCCCGAGACCGGGGCUCGCCGAAACUGCGGGGGUGGAAACAUUGGAGGACACUCGAGCGUUGUGGUCCACUACCACCAAAGCCACUCGGGGAGCGGGCCUGCGACUGUAAGGGAUAGGCUCCAUCGCGGAGGUGGCGGUGACCCCGAUGGCGACGCGAAAGUCACUGAUCCCAAGUUCAGCGAUGGUGGAAUGUGGCGAGCACCUCGAGGGGACAGGUCGGCGCGUCUUAAGGAGGUGCUUGACUGUGUGGCCCCCCCGCACACCGUGCGCAUUGAGUCCGAGAUCAUCUUGCAUGAAUCGCUAAGCCGCGCUGGCGACGGGCGUGAAGACAACGAAGGGACAAGCGGCGGUGGCAGCGGCACAUGGGACGACUUUGUGUUUGCGUGGGAGGACGGCAGCGACCAUACCCCUACCAACGGGAGGUUGCAACGGGCCGCAGAUGAUCUUCUGUCCGACGGAUUGAUGCGUGCGUUGCUUUCUACGAGGUGUUACCGGCCGCCGGGGCGGGACCAGCUUUUCGUGGAGGUGCGACACGGAUACCGUCACAACCGUUCCGCGUAG